AUGCAUAUGGUAAGAGUAAUUUGUAGGGUUGCUUUUGGUAAGAGUUACAAGGGGAGAGAAUUUGACAAUGGUCGCUUUGAAGAGGCUGUUAAUGAAGCCUUCGCUAUGUUGGGUGGCUUCUCUGGUACCCAUUUUUUCCCUUAUGUAGGGUGGAUCUUAGACAAGUUCACUGGACUCCAUGGAAGGCUUGAGAAGUGCUUCCAACAAUUUGAUGAUUUCUACCAAAACGUGAUUGAUGAGCAUCUCAACUAUGAGAGAACAAAAUCAGAGCAGGAAGACAUCAUUGAUGUCUUGCUCAAAGUAGGAAGGGAUCAUACAGGUCCAGGUGGUCCUCUCACCAAUGAUUAUAUAAAAGCAAUCCUUCUGGAUAUAUUUUUAGGUGGAGUAGAUACUACUACUGUUACAGUAGUGUGGGCAAUGACAGAGCUUGUUAAGAACCCAGAAGUGAUGAAGAAAGUACAAGAUGAGGUUAGAUGCUCUGUUGGAAAGAAAGGAAAAGUUGUUGAAGCAGUUCUCGAUCAGCUUAAAUUCCUUAAAAUGGUAGUAAAGGAGACUCCAAGAUUGCACCCUCCAGCUCCUCUAUUGCAUCCACGAGAAACCAUGCAUCAUUUUACCAUUAACGGAUAUGAAAUUUACCCCAAAACAAGAGUCCAAGUGAAUGUUUAUGCAAUUGGGAGAGAUCCCAAAUAUUGGAAGAACCCAGAAGAGUUCAUGCCAGAUAGGUUCAUGGAUAACUCAAAUGAUUACAAGGGAACACAUUUUGAGUAUUUACCUUUUGGAGCAGGUCGAAGAAUUUGUCCUGCAAUAUACAUGGGUAUUUCAAUGGUUGCGCUAACACUUGCAAAUCUUCUGUAUGCCUUGAGUGGGGCUUUCCUAAUGAGAUGA